CAACGAAUAUUCAGUACAGCUGGGACGUGGUGUGGAUCGACACGUCUGACUCGCUGUAAAACGAUACAUACCUAUACCUAACUAUCUGUCUACCUACUUGCGAAACAAAAGUGUCACACGAUUCAAGUAUCGGAAUAUUUUUUUUUUAAUACUCAGUUUCUCAGUGUGUAUCGACGUGAGUUUCUCUACUCGGCUGUCUGAAUUGCGCAUUUGUCACGUGAUACGCCAGGAGAGACUAGCAGAGUCUGGAAGAGAAAUAUGAUAUAAAUAACUCCAUAAACCUCUCACCACAAACUGAACUUGAUAAACAUUUCCUUUGUCAACAUUGUUCGUUUUUACAACAGUGCAUUAAUAAAGAGGGAAAAAAUCUCAAUGAACGACCAGUGAUGCAGUUUGAAUGAUUCUAACGAUUGCUAAGAUGGAUGGCUACUUCAAGUUUUUUUUUUUAUUGUCGCUGAUCACUGCUGUCACUGCCAUUGAAAAUGGAAUACAACUAUCCAAGGUGGAUGUCAUAAGGCAUGACUUGAUGAAAGUAGAGUCCGAUUUGGUACAAAGACUCAACAUACCGUCAACUAUGUACGACUCAGAUAUGCGGAAGAAAUCUGUGGCUAUGAUAAUUGAAGCUUACGCAAAGUUUGGGAUUAUUUUUGAUGAUGAAUUUCCAAACAUGAGAGAAAAACAUUUGGAACCCCUCCAAUCGUUACACAUUUGGGCAAGGGCUGAGAACAUAUUACGGAAUAUCGACGGACUGUAUACAACAUUCAGACGUCUUCAGCAAGCUUCGAUUGAAAGUCAUUUGCCAGUCGACGAAGAAACAUGGAAAGAUUUCUCAGAGACGAUACUGUUCGAUGCGAACGCCUCCAUAUUGACUGCGCUCUAUCAAGUCUUUGAUUUAAUUGUUGAUGAAAAACUUUAUGCAUCGGCCUAUCAGGAAGGAGAGAGAACGAUUUGCAAUGACAAUCAAUCGCCGCAACAGUUGCUCUACAAUUUGUACAACAGUAUUGCAGUUACUGAGAUCAAAGGAUACACGAUGAUGCAGUUUUCAUGGCUGUUGCUAAAGCUUUAUAAAAAUGGUAAUUUUACCGAAGAGAUACGGCUGACGAAAAGUAGGUACGAAGCUCGCAUGGCAGAAACCUCACAGGCUAUACAGACGGCAAUGGCAUUUGCAUCUCCAGAUUUGUGGAAAUGUGAUCCCCAACACAGAGGACCAGAAACGAGCACUGAGUUGAAUUGGUUUCUGCAGUCUUAUAUUGUGCAUGAACUUGACUUAAAUGAAAAAAAUACAUGUGGUCAAAACUGCGCAUACUACAGUUAUGCCGAAGUGAAUUGCAACCCAAAAGAUGCAUAUUGCAAGAAACAGCGAAAAUGCAAUGGAGCAGUAUACAAUUGCCAAUUCAUCGAUUCUGACAUGUGGAUAUGUCCAGCGGAAACAAGUAGCAAUCGAAGAUACAAUUAUAUAGAAUAUGAAAACGGUCGCGUAUUGGGAGAAAAAGGAACGUGUUCUCAAGGCACAACCAAGGUGGAUAGCUGGUGGAGAUGGCUGUUUUGGCAUUGCAGUUACUGCGUAUGUUCUUGCGAUGAACAGGACAGAGAUUCAGACCGAUUUUUCAACUUGCGCAAAGUCGUUGCAGACGUCGAAUCUAAUAAAGUAAUCACUGGAAUUAAAUUCGUGAAGGUCAACAAAAUGAUUCACAUCCAAAUUGAGCAGGGCCAGUUAUUGGCAAGCGGAACAAUUAGCAAUGUCACAGAAUGGAAGCCUGUGGAGUCGUACUCUAUUUACAGUGACGGAGUAAUUGAGGGAACAGAUUUUCUGACAUUAUCUUGGCACCAGAGAGCUAUCGAUCUAGAUGACCUGAAGGCUCCCCCAGGUCAUCUGUUAACGGGUGUGAAGUUCAGGAAACUGGGUGCUCAUAUAAACCUGGAAAUAAUGACAACUCCGUUUAAUUUCACUACUGGAAUCCUAAUAAAUCCGGAUACACAGAGUAUAUGGCACGGAAACGACAAUACCGAUGCGACAUGGGAAAAUCCAAGAACACUUCUGAAAUUGGAUAGACCAGAUAAAUCAACACGAUCUCAAGCAGCAUCGAUACCAGAUUCAAAACAUGAUCAAUACAUGAUGUUCAGUCCGUCAGAUUUGGAUAAAGAUGCGGGGCAAAGCACAGUACCAUUUAUUGAUACGCAACCUGUUGCGCCAUACCCGCGGGUCCCUAUUGCAGGAGCUGGAAUUUACCAUAAGGGAAGACCAGGAUUUGGUGGAUACAUUGCUCCGAAACUUAAAACGUACAACUUUGCGCCUCACUUACAUUUUGAGCACUUUGUUUUCACCCCACUAAUCAAUAAUAAGAGUAAUGAUGUGAUAACACUACCACACAUAAAUUGAGAUCAAAUGCAGUACUAAAGUUUUGUAUAUUCGAGCAGAAAAACAAACGAAAUCUCGAAGACGCUUGCAUAAAAUCAAACUAUCAUUCACUAUUAUAAAGUAUGGAAUUUUCUGUAAUGUAAAACCUCGUUAUUCUAUUUGUGUGUGUAACUAUAAUUAGUAGAGAUUGGAAUAUACUUCCGUGAAAAACUGUUAUUGCACUUUUAGUCACAACUCAAAGGUUGCCUGUGAUUAAUAUAACAUGUACCUCAACUCAAGUUGAGGAGAAUAAAUAUACUCUUUUGCAUUACGUAAAGAUAUAACUAUUAUAAUCUACUUUAUAUACUUUGUAAAAUCAUAAUAAUUUGAUUAAAUGAUGAAAAAGUAAAAUGU